AUGUCCGAAUAUUGGAAAUCCGCGCCGCGCCAUUGGUGCAAACAGUGCAAGAUCUUCAUUCGCGACACGGCCUUUGAAAAGACCCAACACGAAGCCAGCCCGAAACACCAAGGCAACCUUCGACGGUUCCUCAACCAAAUCCACAAAGACAAUGAGCAGCAGCAAAAAGAAUCACAGCGAGCGAAAUCCGAGGUUGAGCGAUUAAGGCAGGCUGUCGGUGGUGGUUCUACAAGUAAAGGUGGCGCGGCGCCGCCAGCGAAGCGAAAUGCGCCGCCAGCCCCCAAGCCUGCAGAGAGGCCAGCUACCCUCGAGGAUCGAAAGAGGCAGAUCGCAUCACUUGCGGCAAUGGGUGUGGCCGUCCCUGAGGAAUACCGGGCCGACUUGGCUUUGGCUGGGGACUGGCACACCACCUCAGAGACAAAGAUUGAGCAACCAAAGCAAGGGCUGGAAGGUCCUACAAAGUCGAUCGGUGUACGCAAGCGAAAACUCGAAGGGGAGGACGAAGAUGGUGAACCUGCGCCAGAAAUGGUCGUUAACAAAAGCUGGGGCUCGCGAUUAAAGACAUACCCCGGCGCCCAAGACGACGGAGACCUGGAUGCCUUGUUUGCAUCCACCAAAGACAUUAAAAUGACGAAGACAUUUACGCCUAAGGCCGAAGUUGUUGAAGCGGAAACCGCUCCCGACCAAUCCACCAGUGCCGUCAAGAAAGAAGAUGCUUCUCCCAAGCUAGAAGACCAAGGGACAGGUGAUUCGACUGUGGUCAAGACAGAAGAGCCUGUCUCACAAUCAGGGCUGGUGCCAGAAACAGCGACAGAAGAGAAGCCCCCGACCGAAGAUGCUGCCCCCAGCGUGGUCUUCAAAAAGCGCAAGCCCAAAACCAUGAGAAAGUGA